AAACCAACAACGCAGUCGUCGAGUUCGGCGGUAGCAUUCCAAUCGCAGUCGGUUCGCAGAGCUCAGUCGUGAGUCGAGUUUUGAACGUGCAACACGCUAAAAUUUGUUACAGUUCUAGAAGUUUGCCAUAAACGAAGUGAAGUAGAACGUUGAACCGGUAUUGAUUAUUUUUGUGCUAGAAAUUACGAGGAAAUUAAGUUUAGAGCCAACAAGCACAGUUGAGUGCGGCUUAGUGAAGAGAUUAGUGGACGGACAUUUAGUUGGCAGAGUUGCCUUCCGAGUACAAAUCCCCUGCAAUUUUCUUGCCAAGUCAAGUCUGGUGACGGAACAAGAGACACACUGAAAUGAAGGUCGUCAACGUCAACAGCGUGAAUCACCAGCACCAUCUGGACAGUCUCCAGGCGACGCUGCUGGAGGAUCCGAUUACGCCGCGGGCCAGCUCGGACGUGCCGUCGUCGGGCCAUGACCCCACGGCCGGGGACACCCACGGAGGGGGCGGUUGCUGUUCCGGCAUUGUGCUGCCCACGGCCAAACCCGUCCAGAACCAGAUCCAAGCGCUGCUGGAGCGCCAUGAGAAUCCGCACAAGGCAGUGGCCACGGCUGCGGCUAGUGCAGUGGGAACGAGCUUCUCCGGCGUGUCCAAACUGCUCCGCAAUCUGUACCUCUGCGGGGGCAGUGCUGCCAGCGUACCGACGAUGCAACAGCUGGGCGUUACGCUGGUGAUCAACGCCACGACCGAGCAGGAACUUCCCAACACUCCACUGCCCUGCGAUGAGACCACCGGCUACAUGAGGGUUCCGGUCAAGGACAACCGCGAAGCGGAUCUGGACCGGUACUUUAACGAGGUGGCCGAUCGGAUCGAGCAGGAGUCUGUGCGCGUCGGUGGAGUAACGCUUGUCCACUGUGUGGCCGGAGUUAGUCGGUCGGCGUCCCUCUGCCUGGCGUACCUCAUCAAGUACCACCGGAUGAGCCUGAAGGACGCCUACAACCACGUGAAGGCCCGAAGACCCCAGAUCCGACCAAAUGUGGCGUUCGUGAAGCACCUGAUGGAGUUUGAGUUCAAACAGCACGGAACACGGUCGGUUUCGAUGGUGUACUGUCACGCACUGGACCAGGAACUGCCGGACAUCUACGAGCCCGAGUUCCGGACGAUGGAAAUGCUGUACCAAAAGUUCCGCCGGAACAUCGCUAGACGCUAGGACCAACCCCCCCUCUUAAAUGUUUUCGUUCGAGAAAAUCUUAUUCCUAUUUCACAAAAUUAACGCUACUCAUAAAAAAGUCGACUUUCUCUAGGAUGUAAGAAGACAAAACGUAAUUAAUCGCACAAAUGUUCAAAUAUUUAAUCACGCUAAUAAUCCCUCAGUGGCGUUUUAUGCAACCGCCAAGUAUUGAUUACAAAAUGUAUACUACAGUCGAUACAACUUCUAGAAUUAAGUUCCCCCUCGUUUGGGACCACCCCCUUCGGUUUAAGAGACCCCAACUUUUGGUAAGACAACCUGAGAGAGACAAACUUAUACCCGACCCCCGAACAAAAAAAGAUGAUUAAAAUGUGAUUUUAAGUGAAGGUCAAAAUUUUGUGAUUCGUACUGAAAAAUCAUAUUUGAUUGCUCGACCCCCAAAAUAUCUCGUGUUUUCUUAACAAAACGUCUAUAUCGGUAUACUAUAAACGCUAGGUUUAAUCAUACUAUUUUGUUGUAACGCGAAAUUCUACGUACAUUAAUAAAAUUAAUGAGUAAAAA